AUGUCUCUUGUUCCACCCGUUCCUAUCGCUUCGGCUCUCUCUUAUAGCUCACCUGCUGUGCCUCGCAAACGCACAACCUCUUUCUGCUGUUCUUCCACAGGUUCCACCUUUACUGCUGAUCCUCGUCCCACGAAAACAGCUCGCACUGCAAUGGGUUCUCUUCGUCGUACAGAGUCAUUUCUUUGUCUUCGCGACAUGCAGAAGAAGUCUUCGGCCUCGUCAUCAACGACUGCCACCACUGACCGGAGACCGCGAGACCGAGAACGCCAUAAAACUGUGGAUUACAAUGCGUAUAUCGCUGCCGCAGCAAAAUCUUCGUCAUCUCCGCCACCUGCUGCUGCCAUUCCUUCUACGCCGCAACGUGCUACACUAAUCUCGUCUCCACAAUAUCCAUACAACUGCACUUAUCGAUGUUCCUCUCCCUUAUCGCCUCAUCGCACUGCUCUCCCAGGUCGACCAAUCUUCCCUAAAUCGAAAACUGAACCCGACCUGUAUAAAAAAGCUAUCAUUUCCCGUAUGCGAUGUUCUCCCGAGGGACAAAGGAUACUUCAUAUGGGCCCAAAGUUGGCUUUCUCGAUUAUGACUGCGACGAAGGAGCUUGAAAGGAUAGUCGCUGCCCAGGAAGCAGAUAAUGACGUGCCGAUGUCAGACGCAUCGCCGACGCUGGGCAAUUCAUGGGUUGUCGUCUCUUCAGAAACUCAGGAUUGGGAGAUGGUCGAUUGCGGUGCUUAA